AUGGAGCCAUCUCUGAUGCCUAGAAUGAGUCCGGAGCAAGAAACUCACAUGGCAAAAAGCUGGCUUAGAGGACAUGGCUAUCGACUCCGGUUACCGCUUACCCACAAGACCCAGCCACAGCCGUCAGCCCCGAUCGAACUCGCAGACACCCAGCAAGAUCUUAAGGAAGAUGUCGACGAGGUAGAUGAGUUUUGCCAAGUUAUCCAAUGCUAUUCGAACGAGACAAAGAGUAGUAGUGAGCAUAAUGCUGGCCAAGGGGGCGUAAGGUUUGAUAUAUAUGGCGCGCACAGCUGGAAAGAGGUGGUUAGUAUCGUCCAAGCGGUCGAGAAAGAUUACAAGCACAGCGCCACUGGCUGGAAGGGGGCUGCGAGAUGGGCCUUUCGCAAGCUCGGUGAGCAUGCAGAGGACUUCAACCCUUGGUUGGACCUUUUGCCGGAUGACAAGUAUUUUAGCAUUGCUUGUGGCGGGCUCAAGAUAAUACUCGGUAUGGCAGCGCGAAGAAGCGAACAGCGGGAGGUUAUUCUUGCAUUCUUUGCUGAAAUUCCAGAAAUUAUCUUCUGGACCGAUCGCUACCAUUCUCUUUUCCAGGAUGAGGAGGGUUUGAAAUCCUACCUGUACGAGUUUUAUCUCGCUCUCCUGGCCAGAAUUCAAGGCAUGAUUGCAGCGUUGGUGGAUGUAUCUCUGUGGAGAAAGAUUAUCUCUGGUCUGCGUGUCAAAAAUGCAGACAAAUCGCUUGGACACGUCAACCAACGCUUCUCGCGGGCCAGGACCCAGCUCGACAAACAUCUCCAAUUCGUGCGCGAUCGGCUACAAGUGGAUACAAAUCAACGAGUCGUUUAUAUAAAGCCGAUCGUGGACGAUCUUGCAACAGGGCAGAAAGAAGUGAUUCAGCAAAAUUCAGAUUUGCGAAAUGACAUGCGCGAGGGCAUAAAUCGACUGGAAAGGCGGUUGAAACCAUGGGGCAUUGUCGCGGAGCAGAUGGAGCAGGUCCUUCAAAAUGAGUUGCAGAAAGCGCAGUGGCGAAUUAACCGGGAGAAUAUACAACGAGAGAAUCGGCAGUGGCAGAUUAUGCGCCAAGGGUAUCCCAGAAGCGACCUCUACUUCUUCCUUCGUUUGGAUGAGCAGGACGUGCGGCGGCAGCUUAUUCAAGAUCUCGAUGAUACGGGUCGCGAUGGACAAGAUAUUGAUAUGGCUGCUCAAACCCACGCUCAACAACUUCUCCGUAUGCCACAAUUUCAGGAUUGGAUCCGGUCUGACCAGCCAGACAUGCUCCACGUCGACGGAAACUGUGACAACUAUGCUAUGGCGAGAUGUUCUCCAUUCAGUCUCCUUUGUUGCGUACUUGCCAAUGAGCUACUACAGCAACCGCAAGCCCAGGUUCUAUUCUUCUUCUGUGGACUGCACAACCUUGCUGGGGAGCCCAUGGCAGGGCCGGUAGGUCUUGUCAAAUCGCUCAUCAUACAACUGCUCCUGGAUAGGGACGACAAAUAUGAUCUCCUUUUUCUGACCAUUGGGCGGAGAGAAGAAGCGUUGUAUCAAGAUGAUCUUCCCUCUCUAUGUGAGACAUUUAGGGAAAUGCUGGUCCAAAACCCCUCCGCUGCUCUUUUCUGUAUCAUCGACGGUGCAUCGCUCUUCGAGGUGCGAGAAUGGCAUGAAGAGAUGGAGUAUGUUGUUCAGCAGUUGUUCAACCUAACGACUGAUCCGGACAUUGCAACGGUGUUCAAGGUACUUAUUACGAGCCCGGGUAUUAGCCGACUCGCAAGUGGUGUGCCUCAAAACUGUCGCUUGUAUGUGCCAGAAAGCAACGAGAGAAUAUCAGACGCUGGCUUCCGGAGCCCAGAGGCAUUCCAAGACGAAGUCUAUCGUCGUCGAGAUGACUUGGCAGAUACUGCGGGAAAAUAUGAGGUCAACCCCUAUGAGGCAAUGUACAAGGUGGACAUGUACAGUGAAGAAUAUGAGUAG